CUUUCUUCUUCGGCGGUACUCAGAGACUAACGCGGGGGGUAGGGAAUGCAUCGGGCGUUUUUGUAAAAGCGAAAGAUAAAAGAUUCUCUUCCUGCGCGGCGUUUUGUGCAGAAGAGACGACACCUUUUGUCCGUGGACGAAGCUGCCUGGAUCUUUGGGCUGGCUAUAUGUUUUUAUUUUUCUUUGUGUCGGAGAUAAGGCGGAACAAAGAGAACUUGAACAGGGGAUGAACGGAGCAGAGACGAGCUUGCCACAGCCUGCGAAACGAGGCCUGAUGCGUUUAUGAAAACAGUAUAAUCCGGUUCAGGAAUCUUUUAUAAAACAAUAGAAAGGCUUUUAAAAACAUCCAACAUGUUUCCUCAAAAUCGACCCCCGGCACCUCUCCAGCCACCCCCUGGGUCCUCAGCGUCUGCAGUGGCAGUAGCAGCAGCAGCAGCAUCAGGACCCCCCCAGUCUCUGAAACUCACCUACCCCGAGACCCUGGACCGCAUCAAGGAGGAGUUCCAGUUCUUACAGUCUCAGUACCACAGUUUGAAGCUGGAGUGUGAGAAGCUGGUGACAGAGAAGACUGAGAUUCAGAGACACUAUGUGAUGUACUACGAAAUGUCUUAUGGCCUUAACAUUGAAAUGCACAAGCAGACGGAAAUCGCCAAGAGGCUCAAUGUGAUCUGUGCUCAGCUUCUUCCCUUCCUGUCACAGGAGCACCAGCAGCAGGUGGUCCAGGCAAUGGAACGCGCCAAGCAGGUGACUAUGGGGGACUUGAAUGCCACGAUAGGGGUACGUGGACUCCCCCCUCUGCCUGCGACACAGCUGUCCCAACAGGCCAUGUCAGGCCUGCCCCUGGCCCCACACCCCUCUAGCCUGCAGCACCCUGGCCUGGCCCUGGGUGCGAGCUCCGGACUGCUGGCCCUCUCAGGGGCCCUGGGGGCCCAGCUGGCUGCCAAGGACGAGAGAGCACACCUGGAAGCUGUCGCUGCCGCUAAUGCUGAGCACCACAGAGGUAACGGCAGGGCUGGCAGGCUGCCAGGCCCGCCUGGGAUGGAUGAAGACCGCGAGGCAGGACCAAGCUCUCUGUCUAAUGGAGAUAAGAGUCGAUCCUCAGACUACCUCAGUAACGGAAAGAAGAGGAAGGCAGAGGAGAAGGAGUUCAUGACGGACUAUGGCAGUGAUGCUGAGAAGAGUGAUGAUAACUUGGUUGUAGAUGAGGAACCCUCAUCCCCACACAGUGCUCAGUCUUACUCCUCUCGGGAGAAUGGCCUGGACAAACUUCCAGCCUCCCGCAAAGAGGCCCCGCCCCAAACCAGCCCCACCUCCUUGGCUUCCUCCAGUGGCACGACCUCCCCCUCUCGCAGCAAGGAGCUGCCACCGAGGGACAAGUCCAGCACCCCUGUGCUGAAGCCCGGUACCCCCAGACCCCCAGAAUCUUCCACCCCAGGCCCUAGUGUACCCCUGCAGUUCCGUCCUGUCCCUGGGAAGCCCGGCAUGGACCCCCUGGCUUUGGGCCUGAGGAACCCCCUGACGGUGCAGGGUGCCUACCCCGCUGGCGCGUUCGGACUGCCCCUCGCUGGGGUGAACGGGGAGCUGGGUGGGGCAGCAGGGUAUGGGGCAGGGCUGCACCCCCUCGUUUCCUCACAGAUGAACGGGGCUGCCGCGGCCAGCUACGGGCGCACACACGUGGUCGGUUACGAGUCUCCCCACCCGCACAUGAGGAUCCCAGGACUAGCCCCCAGCAUGCAGCCGGCCUCAGGAAAACCAGCCUACUCCUUUCACGUCAGCGCAGACGGGCAGAUGCAGCCGGUGCCCUUCCCUCCGGACGCUCUCCUGGGCCCGGGCAUCCCGCGCCACGCCCGGCAGAUCCACACCCUGACCCACGGGGAGGUGGUGUGUGCCGUCACCAUCAGCGCCUCUACACGCCACGUCUACACCGGCGGCAAAGGCUGCGUCAAGGUGUGGGACAUCAGCCAGCCUGGCAGCAAGAGUCCCAUGGCCCAGCUGGACUGCCUGAACAGAGACAACUACAUCCGCUCCUGUAAGCUCCUCCCAGACGGGCGGACUCUGAUAGUCGGUGGGGAGGCCAGCACCCUUUCGAUCUGGGACCUGGCCACACCCACUCCUCGCAUUAAGGCGGAGCUGACCUCCUCCGCCCCGGCCUGCUACGCCCUCGCCAUCAGCCCCGACAACAAAGUGUGCUUCUCCUGCUGCAGCGACGGAAACAUCGUGGUCUGGGACCUGCAGAACCAGACGCUGGUCAGGCAGUUCCAGGGCCACACGGACGGGGCCAGCUGCAUUGAUAUCUCCAGCGACGGGACCAAACUGUGGACAGGUGGGCUGGACAACACAGUUCGCUGCUGGGAUCUGAGGGAGGGGCGGCAGCUGCAGCAGCACGACUUCACCUCUCAGAUCUUCUCUCUGGGCUACUGUCCCACAGGGGAGUGGCUGGCAGUGGGGAUGGAGAGCAGUAAUGUGGAAGUGCUGCAUGUCUCCAAACCUGAUAAGUACCAGCUGCACCUCCAUGAGAGCUGUGUGCUCUCUCUCAAGUUUGCCUACUGUGGUAAAUGGUUUGUAAGCACUGGGAAGGACAACCUCCUGAAUGCGUGGCGGACUCCGUAUGGAUCCAGUAUAUUCCAGUCGAAAGAGUCGUCGUCGGUGCUCAGCUGUGAUAUCUCGCCAGACGACCAGUUCAUCGUCACAGGCUCAGGCGACAAAAAGGCCACUGUUUAUGAGGUAAUCUACUGAGGCACGGUCACUGAUGGAAUGACAUCAAAGCAUGGUUGUCACAGCGCACCAAAGACUGGAGAGGGAGCGUUAGCCAGAGAGCGCUACAGAAAGAUGUGCUGUUUUUUUGGUUCUUUUUUUUUAAACUGUGAACUGUAUGGCGAAGAUGACAUCAGAUGGCGGGAAGUUUGGACCUUUUUUUGCAGCUUGGAUCACCAUGGCUACAAACACAUGGGAUUUUUCCAAAGACUGGGAACCUUUUUUUUAGGAAAAGAAAUCAAACCUCUGAUGGAAAUGAACCAAGCAAAGAGGCUUCAUUUGAUUGUGGGAGCGGGAGUGGGAGUGUGGGUGGGCUGGCUGUCUAUGACGUGUGUGCGUGUAUGUGUGUAUGUGCGUGUGCGUGCACGCGUGUGUGUGCGUAUGACUCAUGUUCUAGGCCACACACUUCAGCAGUGAGCUACUGUGAGCAGGGUUCAAAUAUCUAGUUGUUUUUUAUCUGUAGUCAGGUUGUACAGCUGUGUGAUUGCUGAUGGUGUACAGUGCAUAUAACAUGCUGGUUGGAAGCAUUCAGAUGCAGACGGUCAGUUUCAGGGAAGCAUUUCUGCCCACAGCUUUAGAUUUUUAUUAGUCUCAAACAGGGCACAUAUGUAGGCAGACAUUGUCACAACUGUAAAUUAACUGCCUCAGUAUAAACAAUAACCUUAAUAUUGUUUUAUAUGUUUUUUCUGUAUAAAUAAAGAACCCUCAGAAGUCCUUUGGCAGACAAACUUGGUUUUAGAGUCCUACAGUUUUCUUUCUUUUACGGCAUGUUCCAUAUACUGGAGAAAUGCAGGGUGGUAGCAAAUUUAGCCAAUUUCAUAUCCACUAGACUGCAGAGACAGUGGAGCCAUAAAUCUUGGUGCAGCCGAGAACUUUUGUCUUGAGGCAGCUUAUCAUUUCAAGUUUGUUGUUUGUCACCCAAAAUCACUGUGUCCUGAUAACAUGAAAGACUAUAUUUUUGUAAUUUUUUUUUCCUCCCAAGUUUGUGCUUGCACUAUGGAAGUGAUGUCAUCCAGCAUGAGCUCCAAACUGGACUCAAUCAGCCAGGUUUUACCCCAAUGUGAAAUACCUUUCACAAAAACCUCCUCAAAGCUGUUUGGUGAUCCCUGGCUCUUGAGGUUUUGAAGGGCUCAGCUGGCUUUAAAGGCAGAUUUCUCCAGGCUUCCGGUCAGUUGUGUCCUAUUCUGACUGAUCUGGAUAUGAGGUGGGUGUCCUCAUGUAUCUUUCUGCACACUGUACUCACCCCCACCCCUGUGCACAAACAAUC